AUGUAUUUCUCUGUUUCUAUCUGUCUGUCUUCCUUGGUUCCCUGUUCAGGAAGCCAUAAUGCUAUAACCUACUGUCUGGAUAAGAGUGACCGCUCCCCUGUCGACCUGACCCAACCUGAUCUGCUGCAGAAGCUAGACAAAUACAUGAAGCCCCUGAUUCGACCAUUUGUUUAUAAAUGGGCAGUUACACAGGAGGCGACAGUGAAGGAGCAGCUAGACUGUGGGGUCAGAUAUCUGGACCUGAGGAUUGCACAUCGACCCAACGACACCUCUACUAACCUGUACUUCUACCACGGAGUGUACACUACACUCACUGUAGAGACCGUUCUUCAGGAGAUCAGAGCCUGGCUGGACGUCCAUCCCAGAGAGGAAGUGGUGACACUGAGGAACCUGUGGUCGCUGGGUUACCAGGUGAUUGUCUCCUAUGAGCACUGCGUGGUCCGCCUCUACAGCGACCUUUGGCCUCACAUCCCCUACUGGUGGGCCAACAAGUGUAAAGCUGAGGCUCUGAUCGAGGAGUUCGAACACAGGAAACAACAUGGCCGCCCAGGAGGGUUCUUUGUGACGGGCAUCAACCUGACAGAGGAUCUGAAGUACAUCUGUUCUCACCCCACUGAGUCUCUGAAGGACCUGGUGAUGUCUACCUACCCCGCCCUGCUCGCCUGGGUCAGGGGUCAGAGCCCCGGCUCCGAUACCCACUCCCUCAACAUAAUAGCUGGUGACUUUGUCUCAGAGAGCCACUUCGUACCCACCGUCAUCGCACUGAAUCAACAUUUAAUCCACUGCGCUGGUCCUCGGGAUGUUAGCAGAGAAAACUGACUCAUCUGCUGUGUCCCAAAGUAGUGUCCCAAAGUAGUGCACUGUGGAGGGAAUAGAGUGGGGAUGCAUUAUCUGACACAUCUUCUUGCACAGAAUAUCAUGUUUUAACUACGCUGAAGAAGAGGAUGGAACUGCAGCGUGAUGUAAUAGAACUUUGCUUGUAAAAAAAAAAACUAACUUGAACAAUAGAUUCUGAUAGGAUAUAUUUGCACAAUUGCCAACAGUGAAAUGUUUCUGUUGAGCUGCUCUCUUCUCUUCCUGUGUUGAGCUGC